GUGGCGAGGUUGCAGUUGACUGUGGAGCAGGUGGUCGAGAAGAUGGGCACGGACCCGCAGCCGCUGGAGAUCCAGAAGCUGAUGCGUUGCAUGGUGGAGGACGCGAGCGUGACGCACAUGAGGGAGCUGCAGAGGAAGGACGGCAUGAUCCCAGAUGCGGCUGACGAGAGCGAUGACGAGGACGCUGCUGAUUCACAGCCAAAGUCAAACGCCAAGCUGGAGAAGGAUUUGCAGGAGAAGUCCUUCUGGGAGAAAAUCAAGAACCAGGGGUUCGCAGUGGGGGAGAAGUGGGCAGAGUAUCAGCACGUCACUGUCAAGAAGGUCUCCGAGAGGAAGAGGCUUUUGAAGAAGGCCGCAUACAUGCCACUCGGCCGAGUGGCGCACAAGGAAGGAGGGGGACAAGCAGGUUGGGCCCAGGCAGUGAAGUACUUCAGCAAGUGCGUGCGCAUGGGCUACCCGUGGAUCAAAUGGCACAGCAUGACAGAGGUGCACCGCUGCUUGUACGGAACGGAAAGCAUCGAAGAGGAGUUCGAGCAGGCCUGGGAGACCCACGAGAAGGGGUACGGCAAGAUGAUUCGGGCAUCGACCGCAGAGGGCCAGCCGAGCAGCGCCGCUGGCGACGAGGACACUCCCCCGUACGAGGCCAUCGGGGUGGCCAGCUCCGCAGCAGGGCAGCCAGGCUCCGCAGCAGCAGCAGCAGUGCAGCAGCAGCAGCAGAAGCAGCAGUGCAGCCCAGCAAAUGCAGCAAUGAUCAUGACCGACAAGUCGAGGGAGAACGAGGAGAUCUUAGCUGGAGCUGAUCAGCAGAAGGCUGAGGAGGCGGCCGCGCUGCGCCCAGCCGAGCAGGCCGAGGCGCGCGCUGGCGAGGGGGCGCAGGCCAAGCGCAAGGCUGAGGCGCAGCCCAAGCGCAAGGCUGAGGACGAGGCCAAGCGCAAGGCUGAGGAGGAGGCCAAGCGCAAGGCUGAGGAGGGUACUGCUGGCAGAAAGCGCAGGGGGGGCGGCGCGGGCAGCCAGGCAGCAGGCAGUGGCGGCGGAGGCGGCGGAGGCGAUGCAGCGGCCACUGACAUUUGCGACGACGUGAAGAGCAUCAUGAAGGAGGCGAGAAUGAACGUGCUGCUGUACAGCUCUGUGAUAUCGACUGGGCAGACGAUCCAGAAUGCGGUCACCGCUGAUCCGUCGUGGAGCUUCGCGAGGGGCAUCAAGGAGGUGCAGGAGGUGCGGAAG